GGUUCCAAUAAAAUUAAAUUUGUAGUGAAAUCUUUUCGUUAGUUGUAUUUGUGGACCAAUUCGUUGAAGCGCAUUGUUAAAAAAAAACAAUUUAUUUCUAACUUAUUGACAUUUUGUGGGUUUUUGUUUGCUGUUGCUUAUAAACAAACAAAUUGCCAUCUAGUGAUCAGAAAGCAAAUUUGAGUCUUCAAUCGAAGAAGGAACGAAAAUAUAUGUUUUUAUUUUGCCGACGCAAAAGUAACUUAUGCCAAGAAAUCCGCCCCGCCGCAAUUUAUGCUAUGAAAUGUUUGGCAGCGUGUAUACGUCGACCCGUUACUCGCUAUCCGCUGUAACUCUGUUUAAGGGUUUAUAUUCAUCUUUUUUUCUAAUGUGUCAACAGCUGACUAAAAUUUGUAGAAUACUCAUUGCGGGAAGUUAAGUGUAUUUAUUUGUUGGUAAGUAAUCAAAAUAUUUUAUUUAAAAUGCAUAAAACGAAGAAAAAAGUAAAGACCGGCAAAAUACCCAAACCGAUCAAAAUUAAGAAAGAAAAAACCGAAGAAGAUCGCUCUCUUCAUCCAAUGUCGCACUACAUAGAUGAUCGACUUGAAUUGGUCAAACAAGUCUUUGGCUCACUUAAACCAAAAACUAUUACAAACUUGGCUCCGGAUUUUCUCAAGAGCAAAGGUAUGGAUGAAAUUGAAGAGCACUGUUUGAACGAAUUGCUGGGUAUAUCUACAAAACGAUUACUGUCCAUAAUAAAUGCCACAAAAUGUCCAACAGACACAGAGUCAUCCGGCGAUUCCGAUGUCGAACACCAAGAAGAACACAUCUCACUUGAGGAGAUCUCUUCAGACAGUGAAAUAGAAGGUGAAUCCUCCAAUACAAAAAAGAAAAAGACCAGCGGAUCUGAUAGUAAAACUGGUGUCAAAAAACCCACAAAAAGUUCAACCGAAAAAGAUGAAAAUAAUGGGCAGAUAAGUGUAUUGGAGCUACUAGAAUUGCAAGCACGUGCGCGUGCCAUUCGCUCCCAAUUGGCACUCGAGCCAGUGACAAAGAUUGAAGUAGACUCGGAUGCUGAGAAUAAUGAGAAAAAAAACAAUCUAAACUCCUCUAGCGGAGCAGUGUCUAAAGAGCAUAAACACAAACGCCGGCGCAAAUCCAGUGAGAAAAGUAAAGAGAUAGAAAAGACGCAAACAUCCUCCACCUCGCAAGGACGCCUGCAAGUUACUGCGAAAGUAAGUAAAGGGAUUUCCAGCUCUGCUGCUGGCACGUCCAGUACUUCCAAUGCGAAAGCAAAGGUUAAAGAAAAUGAGCCCCAAACAACUAGACCAAAUAAGUUGAAGAGAAAUUAUCGCUCUAAGAAUAAUGGAUCAGAUUCUGUCAUUAGUGAAACUCAAAAUAAAUCUAAAACCAAUGAGACGGAUGCCGCCUCAUUGGUGAGCACGACAAAAGAGGUGAAAAAAGAGACGAAGUCCCGUUCGCCAACACCAGAUGUUAUACCAAUAAUACCGGAACCUGAAACGUUGCUAAUCAGUGAUAGCUCCGACGGAGAGCAUGAUCAUAAGGGGAAAAAGAAAACCACGCAAUCUGAAUCUAUGAAUAAGAAAGAAGAUACCGGUAAGAAAGACUGUGCCCCGAAACCUCCUGAAACCGAAAAUUUUUCAAGACAACGUAAGAUAACUGAACCAGAGGAAGGCGAAUUAGUCGACAAUCCAGUUGAAAAUGACGAAGAAAAAGGCGAUAAUGAAAUGAAUAUCGGUGUGUCAUCUACCACUACUGCACCCACUGAUAAUAUAAAGCCAAGCAUGAUCCCGAAAGAAAUUGUUGCUACCGAGGAUGGCACUGUGGAAACUAGUAAGCCAGACAAUAAUAGCACCGUGGAAUUAGAAAAAAUUCCUCAAGAAGAUCCAUUAACAGCUACAACUGAUCCAGCAGCUGCAUCAUCGGCUACCGUAUUGCCAAAAGCAGAGGCCGCAAGCAUGGGACUCAAUCUCGAAGAUGAGGACGAUAGAAAUGAUGAUGUCAUAUCACUUGAAGGUGGUGAUCUUGAGGAGGAAAUGAUUGAACAUCUGGAAGAAGAUACAAACACAAAAUCGUCAUUUGCGACUUCACCCAAAAGGAAAAAAAAUAAUGUCAGCGAGGAGCCAGAUGCAGAUGUCAUAUCGUUGGAUUCUAGUGAGGAAGAAGAACGUGACAAAAAGAGUUCAGAGUCAUGGCAUUCGCGCUAUUUGAAGAGUUCGAAAGUGAGUAAAGUUUUGGCGACCUCUCGUCUAGGCAAACGUGUACGUGAUAAUAUCAAGAAGUCCAAACGCUCCAAAAAAGAUUCGGAACGCGAAAAAGUGUCUGAGGUAAAGGAGAAAUCGAGUACAAGUUUCGCUUCCAAGCACGAGGAUGGCUCUAUUGAGCAAUACAAAGAGUUGCUGGCAAUGCGGCAGCGUAAAAAACAGUAGUAGGUGCCUAGAAUAGAAAAUGUAGAAGUAGAGUAUAUACAGUGGCGAGCACAGCUGAGUGCAUGCUACUUUUUUUGAAAUUUACAAUGUUACUCGAGCUAGAAUUUUUUUAUUUAUUUGGUUUUUAAUUACUGUUCAUUCUGCCAAAACUAUAUAAAUGAAACCAAGGCGAAUCUAUUAAAGGUAGUGUUGGUAAAUCAGCUGAUUUCUUUUUUUUUUCUUUCGCCGUGUCCAUGUGUUGUCAACUCAGAAUGAAACAAGGCGAAUUCAUUAUUUGUUUUCUAGUUUCCCAAUACUUUGCUUUGACAAUCAAACGUACAGAACAUUGUUGUUGGUGCCACAACCUUUAAUGAAUGCGCCUUGAAUGAAACUAUAUAAAUGAAAAUCAAAAUUUAGAAAAAUUUUCAAAUAUCUAUAUAAAUUUUGAACUUUUCAAUCUGGAUCUUACCCAGCAACAGCUCAUAAAAUUUUAGUACAAUAAAAUAAGUGCAAGUUUUAAGCGGCUAAAAAAUCGUUGAAAUUUUUCAUAAUUUUUUUUUUCUUACGCCUUUUUGCACUUUAUGCCAUAUAGAAAUGAAUUUCUUGGAGAAGAAAAUUAUUUAAGCGAUUCUCUAGCCGCCUGGAACUUGCAUGCUAUUAUACCCAAAAUUCAAUAAAAUAAGUCAACAAAUAACACUGCAAACUUGUAAUUUUUCUAAAAAUUCAGAUUUUGAUGGAAAUUUUUUGAAUUUUUCUAAAUAUUGUACAAAGUUUGAAAGCUUGAUUUAUAUAUAUUAGUUUUGGUUUAAGAAUGAACACCAUUAAAAAAUCACAAAGAAAACUCGAAAAACUUUGUAAAUAUUCACCUAUUUAUUUGUGGUGUACGCCUUGGUAUUUUCCACAGUUUUAUGUCGCCUCCGAAACACAGACUUUUUUUACGAUAAGUUUUUUCGUGGCAGAAAUUCACUCGAAGGUCUCUGCCGAGGAGCGACCACUAUUAAAAAAUCGGUUCCUAUGAAUUGGUGUUUAGUGCCCGUGGUUUCGAACCUGUGCACUUCCCAAUGGUAAUCACGCACCAACCCAUUCGCCUACUCGCCACUGUUA